AUGUCAAGUUUAGCAUAGCAGUUGUCAUAGCUCAAAUAGCAAGAUUAGACAGUUAUUAAAAAAAAUGAUGUAGUAUAGGCAGCUUCCUUACUUUUCCAUGCAAAAGUAGCAAGCGCUGUAGAUUUAGAGCAAAUUUACUCUUUAGCAGUAACUGGUUUUUAGAAGUUAUGUAUUAAGGAUGAAAAUUUCAUGAAAUUUUAAGAAGCAAUUUUCGGCCCAAAAUACAGAAGAGUCGACAGAAAUAUUUUGCUAAAGAAAGAAAACGAAGAACUUUCUGAAAAAUUAUAAGAAUUUUUGUGUUUAGUUUCACUCCACUUCUUAGAAGAAGAUGCACAUAAAAUUAUUGAUUACCUUCUUCGUAAUUUUAAUGUUCAUCAUUAUGAAGCUGAGUAUGUUAUCAUAUAUUUUAUGCAUUACCAUGCAACCCCUUUUUACACUCGUUUAUUAUAGAAUGUAACUCUUAAGACUCGUGAGCAUUUUGGCUUUUUAAAUACUCCUAUUUCAAAAGGUGAAAUGGUUUAACGUGAAACCAUUGCCAAGUAAAUCAACUAUGAUAGUCACAUCUUAGCUUAAUUAAUUAAAUACAAUCAAAAGGUUUCAGACCUUUAUUAUUCAUAGUCUAAUAAGAAAAAAUCUGAAACUAAUGAAGAAAAAUCUAAUGAUGUUGUUUUCAAUAUGGUUGGUACUGAUAAUAAGGCUAGUAAACUUAAAGUAAAUCCUACUAGCUUUUUACAAGCUAUUUUAAUUGAUUUGUUAUCAAUAAAAACUCGUUUGACAGAGACCUUUGUCAGUAGCUUAAUUGAAACUAUUAAUCAUUUCCUCAAGAGAGGAGAUCAUGCAGCGAUUAGCUUUGCCCUAAUCGCUUUAGGUUCUCUUUUAGUUAGAGAUAAAAAUAUUAAUACAUAAAUAAUUGAUGAGUUUGCAUCAUUUCUUAUUACUAAAAUUAACUCUUAAUAAUUGACAAAGCAAGCUAAGACUUAAGCAGAAGGAACUAAAUGUGUAGAAACUGUAGUAAAAUUCCUCUUCUUCAUCUGCCAGCGUAAUUUCUUGAAACAUAUUACUACUGCAUAACUUAAUAAGUUAAGUGAAGCCUACCAAUUUGAUGAAAUAUUCAAAAUUAGUUUUGAUAAGGUGAGCCAAUAAUAUAGUACACUUAAUUUCUUCGCUUUAACUUUUAGUGCUUUAGUUAGUGGAUCUUUAAAGCAAUUUGAGUCAAGUAUUUCUUUUGUUGAAUCUCUUGUUGAAAAUUUAUAAACCUAUGACUCCAUCUAUUCAAGCUCUAAUCCCGAAUUAAAGGACUAAUUACUAAAGAAUAUUGUCUUCGAAAGAUUCUUCUUUAGUUCUGAAGUAGGUGAAACUGAAAUAAAUGUUGAUAUCUAAACUGAGGUAGUUGUUUUUAUGAAGAAAUAUUUUUUGGCUGAUUUAAUUCAUUAUCUGAAUUCCAAAAUAGCAGAAGAAACUAGCAAUCAAAAGGAAAAUAAUGAAAAAAAUGUAAAAGUAGAAAAGUUAAAACAUUUUAUGAAUGAAAAUUUCCCUGGAAGUGUAUCUUUCCAUGAAAAUGUUCUUCUCAAAAGAAAUUUGAUCAUUUAAACAUCAUCAUCUAAAAAUAAGAAGGGAGCUUAAGAAAACAGAGAAUAUCUUAAUGCUAUUCUUACAAUGUUGAAUAACGAACAAAACCCAGAAGAAAAAAAAGAGUUGUUGGCAAAUUAUUUGGAUUACUUGGUAAAUAUCAUUGUUCUCAAAUUAAAUGUAGAAACCAACAGCAAAACUCUUAAAAUAGUUUUCGAAUUAUUAACUCAUCCUGCUAUUGAAAUUGCUUAAUCUGAAAUAGAAGAUGAACAACGUAGAAACCACUCUAAACUUUAAAUGAUCUAAGGCUUCUAUCGCUUUUUAAUCUCAAAUCUUAAAAACUAAGCUGGUGUUACUUUCAAAAAAGAAAUAGUGAAGACUUUCCGUACCUUAACUCUUAGAAGUGACAAUGAGAAUGUCUUGUAAAAGUAAUGGGUUUUUUCUACUUUCUUUGUGCUUGUUCAAUCUGAUGAUCUUGCAGAUAGUUAUAAAGAAAUUUAUUAAACUUUAAAAGAUUAUCUUCCUAACAUUUUUGAAAAAUUGUAAAAAAAGCAAUUCCCUAUGAUUGAUUUGUUGCUAAGUGCAAAGAAUGAAUUCAGUAACUUCCUCUAGUGUUUGUAAAAUCUUAGUAAAGAUGUUUUAUGCAUUUAAGGAAUAGCUAAUUUUAUGGCAAAUGUGUUUGAUAAUGCUGAGUAACUUGCUUUAAUUACUACUUUGGAUGCAGUUUCAUAAAAGAGUUUAUUACAUUCCUGCUUGAGUAUCAUUUAGAAUAUAGUUAUUGAUUCAAAGCACAACAAAAGUGCCAAUCAAAUUGAUUACAUUUUGCUUAAUAGCUAGGUUUGUAAAUUUAUAGUAAAGAACUAUAACAACUCUAUAGUAUCUAACGAAAUCAUAGUUAAUCUACUUAAUUUCAUUUUAGAAUAGCCCUAAUACGAAAACUUAAUUUUAAUUAAAUCAGAUUUGAUUGACAAGUUGCCAUUCAACGAUAUUUGCCUUCUUUUAGGUAAAAAAUUCAUGUACACUCAAAGCUGUGAUGGAUUAACUCUUUAAGGUAAUAUUAAGUGUCUUUUCUUGAUUAAUUAAACUCUUAAAGCCAACACUGAAAAGGUAACAAGCUAAUUGUCUUAUUAACUCUUCACUCUUGCCCUUAUAAAGCUUGGUAGUGCCAUAGCUUAAGAAAAACAAGGUCUUUUCUUAAUAAUGGAGAACUGUAAGAAAAUCCUAAAGAAAAAUGCUGGUGAGUUUGAUGCUAUACGUUUGAGUGAUGCAUUAAACACAAACACUUGCUUUGUUGGAGUAGAAAAUCAACAAAUGGAAUAAGAAAAUAACAUUGAAAAAGUUAACAUUAAAUAUAAAAUUUUGUUAAAUUUAUGUGAAGUAGUAAGCAAGCACAGAGUAGAAUUAGCUGUCCAUAAUCCUCCUAUCGGUAAAAUUAUUGCUAAGGAAGUAUAGCAAUAGUAGAAUAAUCAACAGAGAGAUUUAAAUAGCAUAUUGAAUUUCUUAUUGUCUUAAAUUUACUCACAAGUACAAAGUGAAUUUUUAGUUUCUUUUAUGGGAAUUUUUGCUGAAAUCGUGAAGCAUCACCACUAAGUAGCAAAGCCUAACCAAUAAUAAUAAUAAUAAUAACAAUACUAAUUUAACCUUAAUAAUAUUGAUCAAAAUCUUUUAAUAGAGUUGUUACAAAAAUUACGUGAAAAUUCAUAUCUAGAAAAAGAUAAUAAUUUGAUGGCUAUGUAUGUUGAGUUUUAUUCUAGAUUACCUAGUGAUGAAUUAUUAAACUCAAACUUCUAAUACCUUUAUGCAGAUGUUCUUUUACAAAAAAUUUCUAAAAUUGAAAAUAGAAAGCUUAGAGCUACUCUUUUAAGCACUUUUAUUUCUUCUUUGGAUGAUAAAGUAUUCCAACGCUUAAACGAAUCCAAUCAGCUUUCUUUCUUAAAGCUUAUUUUAGAAAAUUUGAAUAGCAUGACUUUUGAUGGUUUAACAGAGCAUCUUAUUUCUAUCAAUUUCUCUAAAGGCAUUUGCUAAUCUCUUUUAGAUUAUUUGUAGAAUUUAAUUAACAAUCAACUCAAAUUAAAAAAACUUUCACAAAAGCAUGAAAAUCAAGUUAUUUAUAUGUUAGAAUUAAUUUUGUUAAAAGAAGAUACUGUAACUUAAGAAUUAGAUCUUAAUAAGUUAUUCGAUAUUAUUUAAGUCCCUCUUGCUACUCCUCGUAUUUAGGUGCUACUUUUCAGAAUUAUCAAAAAGUGCUAAGCCUAUAACAUUUACUUGCAUCAAACACUCCUGUCUUCUGUUAAAAAUGUAAAUAAAUUAUCAGAAGCAGAAACUGCCUCAUUAAACGAAAUAAAACUAAGAAUAACUGGCGGAGAAAAUAAUGAAGAAUAUAAAUUUAUUGAAAUCUUAAAAUUCCAUAUACAAAAAAAUACUCCAAAGAGCUCAGAAUGGAAAACAACUGAUGAAGAAGAACAAAAUGGCGAAUAAUAGUAAGGUGAAGAGAUGGACUAAAGUGAAAAAUAAUACUUCGAAUUGCAACAACUCGAAAUAGUUCACGAAACUGCUGAUAUAAUGUGUUUAAUUUGUUCAAUUAACUUUAAAAAAAUAACAAACAUUUUAUUUGAUGUGCUUGAGUAAAUGUACAAAAACUUCUUAUCUGAACAAAAACAAAUUGAAAAUGAAGAACAAAAUAACUAAUAAUAGGAAGCCUAAACCGAAGAGUAGAAGUAAAUGACCUAAUCUUAAAUAUUAGAAUCCAAAGUAGAAUUUUUGUUUGAAAUCUUUGGUUUUGUUGCUAAGAAAUUAAUGCAACACGCUGGAGAAGUGAGACGCAAUAAAUUAGUUAAAUUCUCACUACUACAUUUACAAGCUGUUUUUUCUUUAUUACCUUAUUUCAAUUAGCAAAAAACAUCAAUUCUUACAAAGAUUCGUUAACUUUCUGAAAUAUAUGGUGGUCCUUCAAACCUUCUCAGAGUUCUCUUUAUUUAAGCUGCUAAUAAUCUGACUCACCCCAAAAUGAGUGAAGUUAUAUUAAAAGAAAUACCUUUAGCCAUUACUGAAUUGCUUUUUUCAAAGCCCGAAAAUACCCUUUUGGAAGAAGUUUUAGAUGAAAACUAAAUUUCUGACAAUGUAUGCUCCAACUCUUUGAACACAUUCCUUAACUUUAUUAAAGGUGUGUUUGUUCAGUGGACCACUUUCCAUUCUCUCCCUUCAGACGAAAACUUAAACAAGCUUAUGAAUCCUUAGAGUUUCUUAAUAGCUAAGUAUCUUUAAAUUACUUCCAAACGCCCUAACGCUUGCAAAACUUUCAUUAGAAACUCUCUUGUUUUACUCCACACUCUUUUUAAGAGUGAACCUUUCUUGCGUACCUUAAAAUCAUUGAUAGAAAAACCUAACUCUACAGAAAAAAUUGCAAAAACAUUCUUCUCAUUUUACUAUGAGUUAAUCCGCUUUGAUAACUUGUAAAAGAAUGCAAUGAGUAGAUGUAAAUCUUCAAAAGACGGAGGCUUAUUGACUCCUUUUGCUAAACCUUUAAAAAGAAUAAUGUAAGCAUACGCUGUCCUCACAUCUUCAUUCAUCCGUCUCUUCGAAAUUGAUAUUUUCUUCACUAUUUGUGCUCUUAUCUUAGAUAACAAUCAUCAAAUUUCAUAUCAUAUCCGUUCUUCUAUUCUUGAAAUUAUGAAUUAAUAGCUUGAUUCUGCUCCCACCAUCAAGAAAAAACAUAACUUUGCAAUCAUUAGAAUUGUUAAAACUUUGCAUGAAGAAAUUGCUGCUAAUUUAAAAACAGUUUAUCUUAACAACAGCAACAACAUCAAUAACACAGAGAGUGAUAAGGCUGAUAUUAAAACUAGCGAAAAAACCAAGAAAAAUAAGAAAUCCAAGCAAAAAUAAAUUUCUACCUCUUAAGAAUAGAGAAGUAUUUAAAAGUAUUUGUCAAGCUGUAUUGUUCUAUUUACUACUGCACUUAAUAGAAAACCUGGUUUAUUCUAACCUUAAAAUUAAUAAAUUGACAGUGCUGGAUUAAUGGAUACCCUCAUUUGUUUCGUUGAAAAUUAAAACUAUUCUUUUAUGUUGAAGACUUCUUUAAUCUUUUUGAUAGCUAACCUUUCUGCUCAAGGAAACAAAUUCAGAGUAUUACCUCACCUUCAUUCUAUUGCUGGUGAAUUAUUACGUCAAGCUCUCGGAUUACUUUACUUUAAUGAUAAGGACUCCUUCGACACUCUUAUCAAUAUUAUCAACAGUUAAAGUGCUUCAUCAAAAUCUAAAGAAAACUAAGGAAAUUCUAUGGCCGAGUUUGUUAAGGAAGUAUUUGAUUAGCAAAAUCUAGAAGUUAACAUUUUUAGUUAGCCUUAAUAUUUCAAACAUCAAGAUUCUAUUGUUAAAAACUUAGAUGGUUUGUUUACUUUGGUUGUCCGCUCUAUUGAAAACUUAAUCCUUUGUCUUAAAAAUUUAAUUUCUCCUUAUCUCUCUUUCAUAUCAUUAACUAUUUUGAGUUUUUCAGCAAGACCAUCUAUUCAUUAACCUCUUACCGAGCUUAUCAAUAAAUUAUCCACCUUAUUGGAAUCACGUGUAUUAUUAGAGUGCAUAUUGCUUCCUCAUACUGAAACUUGUUAAUAGAUUUCACCCUAAGCUGUUGAAUUAUACACACUUUUACUUGAAAAGACAUUUUAAUAGAUUGAUUCUGAUACACUUGAUGCAUUCCUCUAAGAAAUAUACAAGAAAAUCUUCUUAUCUCUUGAUUACACCAGAAAACAAUUUAUUAAUAAAGAAUUAUACAUCCCUGAAACAAUAGACGUAGUCGAAGAUGCUUAAGUAAAGUCAGUUGCUGCCUUAGUAAUUAAAACUAAUGAAAUUCAAUUACGUAAGUUCUUCAUGAAUAUUGUAACUUGGUCUGAACGUAUAUUCAAUGAAUCUGAAUGUGGAUAUCACUUCUUAGAAUAUCGUAAAAUUGUUUUAUUAAAAAUCGUUUUCUAAUUAUCUGAAACAAUGACUUCACUGUUUACUCCAUUCUUCAACUUCAUAUUUGAGACUUAAUUGAAUCAAUUUAAUUCUUUCUCAAAAAUAUAUUCUGUCCAAAACCCUCUUGAUCUAAUGCAACAAAAUGCUUCUCUUAACAAAAAGAGAAAGAGAGAAGAUAAUAAUGACGAAAAUACAAGCAUAUAUCAUUAAUUAUCCUUGAAACUUACCCAACUCAACUUGGCAUCCUUAAAGUCUUGCUUCUAAAACGACAAAGAAGAAUUCAUUGAUACAACUAAGUUCUAAAAUCUAAUAGAACCUCUUCUUUCAAUUUAUGAUGCAUUCUACUUUAAUGCUUAUUCUGAUUACUUGACCUUCAUAGAUACCCAUUUAGCUCCUACAAUAAUUUCCUUGUUCUAACUCCUUAAAGAAGAUUACAAAUGGAAAACACUCAACUAUAAUCUUUUGCUUAAGACCAGAAGUGAAAACAGUAAAAUUAGAUUAGCAAUUCUUAAGACACUUGAAAAGAUUCUUGAAACAUUUGGUGAAAGAUACAUGAUUUUAGUUAAUGACAUUUUACCAUUUAUCAGUGAAACUCUUGAUGACCUCGAUCCUGAAGUAGAAAGAAUUUCUAAGUCGAUAGUAAUAAAGCUAGAAGAAAUAUCUGGAGAGAAUAUUAGAGAAUAUUUCAAAUCUAAAUGA